GGGAAUAAAUGAUAACUAGUGUAAAGUCGAGGAAACAGAGCCUCCAGCUCCAAACUGGUCCUGAUGUUUCUGAUUCCAGCUGCAGGAGCUUCAGCUGCUGAGCCCGUGAGAGUUCUGGAUCUGGAUCUGAUGUCGACCCCUCGGAGCUGCGACAGCUUUGGAUGUUGUGUGUGCAGCAGACACCUGUGUGUCCCUCUCGGCAGGAGGAGCUGCAGCCGCCUCUGGCGCUCACUGAAGCCACAGAUUGUCUAAUUAGAUUAAGCGAAGCUUUACUCAGAUAAUCAUUUAGCCGCUCUGGUUUUUGUUUCUUUUCCUUCUAAAGGAACGCUGCCUGAGCCUGUCGUUGUGUUGAAGAACAUUCUAACUCUAAACCUCUCCACAGUUUGGUGAGGACAACUGUGGUCUGGAGGCAAGAGAAGGGUAAAGAGCUGCAGCGGGGACUGUUACGCUGCCCACAGUAAUUGGACUAAGACCUGCUGCCACUAACAGGAGGCCAUGGGGGAAUUUUCUUCACAGAGUCCCUGUCAGGCACGAUCUGCCACUCAGGCCUGCCACUGAGGCUGCAUUUAUUGAAACGGGUCCGUCGAGCUCCUGACGAAGAAGACAUGGCCAAAAACUCGUUUCGUGGCUCCAAGUUUAGACGAAACACCGAGGCUAACCAUGAACCGGAGUUCAGCUGCUCUCUGCAGGAGCUGGGCUCCCUCAUGGCGCUACGAGGAGAGGAGGCAAUAACCAGGAUUCACGAAAGCUUUGGAGAUGUCAGUGGACUGUGUGUGAGGCUGAGGACAUCACCUGUAGACGGUCUGGAUGGAAACCCAGAAGACAUCGCCAAAAGAAAAGAAGAGUUCGGACAGAAUGUCAUCCCUCCUAAAAAGCCAAAAACCUUUUUGCAGUUAGUUUGGGAGGCCUUGCAGGAUGCCACACUCAUCAUCCUUGAGGUGGCAGCCAUUAUUUCUCUUGGCCUUUCUUUCUACAGUCCGCCGGUCGAAAAGCAGAGCUGCAGCACAUCAGUGGGUGGCGUGGAGGAGGAGGGCGAGACAGAGACCGGAUGGAUUGAGAGCGCUGCCAUCCUCCUCUCGGUGGUGUGUGUGGUGCUUGUGACAGCCUUUAACGACUGGAGCAAGGAGAAGCAGUUCAGAGGUCUUCAGAGCCGCAUCGAGCAGGAGCAGAAGUUCACUGUGGUCCGAGGGGGUCAGGUGGUCCAGAUCAAAGUGUCUGAGAUAGUUGUUGGAGACAUCGCACAAAUCAAAUAUGGUGACCUCCUCCCGGCUGACGGCAUCCUGAUUCAGGGCAACGACCUGAAGAUUGAUGAAAGCUCUCAGACUGGAGAGUCUGACCAUGUGAAAAAGAGUCUGGACAAAGACCCCAUGUUGCUUUCAGGAACCCAUGUGAUGGAGGGCUCUGGGAAGAUGCUGGUCACCGCCGUGGGUGUGAACUCCCAGACUGGAAUUAUCUUCGCUCUGAUUGGUUCCAGUGAUGAUGGUGAUGUGGAUGGUGAGGACAAAAAGGACAAGAAGAAGGAUGACAGGGGAAAAAAGGACAGGAAAGACAAGAAAAGUAAAAAAGAUGGAAGAAGCAAAAAAGGGGAAAAGAAAGACGGGGCCAAUGUGGAGAUGCAGCCACUCAAAGAGGACGGAGAACCUGAAAAGAAGAAAAAAAAGCUACCAAAGAAAGAGAAAUCCGUCCUGCAGGGGAAGCUGACCAAGCUGGCUGUACAGAUUGGCAAAGCAGGGCUGUUCAUGUCAACCCUCACAGUCGUCAUUCUCAUCAAUCGCUUCCUGAUCGAUACCUUUUGGAUUCAGGGCCUUCCUUGGACUGCAGAGUGUGUUCCUAUGUAUGUGCAAUUGCUGGUCAAGUUCUUCAUCAUUGGUGUGACGGUGCUAGUGGUGGCCGUGCCUGAAGGUCUACCCCUGGCUGUCACCAUCUCUCUUGCAUAUUCAGUAAAGAAAAUGAUGAAGGACAACAACUUGGUACGUCACCUGGACGCUUGUGAGACAAUGGGGAAUGCAACAGCCAUCUGCUCUGACAAGACGGGAACAUUGACCAUGAACCGAAUGACGGUGGUGCAGGUCUACUUCGCUGGGCAGCUAUACAAAAAGGUGCCAGAGCCUGACCUCAUCCCUGCCAAGAUCCUAGACCUGCUCACCCUUGGCAUUGGGGUCAAUUGUGCCUACACCACCAAGAUCAUGCCACCAGAGAGAGAUGGGGGCCUUUCCCGCCAGGUCGGAAACAAGACAGAAUGUGCCUUAUUGGGAUUCAGCCUUGACCUUCACCGAGACUACCAGGCCAUUCGAAAUGAAAUCCCUGAAGAGAAACUUUUUAAAGUAUACACCUUCAACUCCGUUAGGAAGUCUAUGAGCACUGUGCUGAAGAACAGUGAUGGCAGCUACCGAAUGUUCAGCAAAGGAGCUUCUGAGAUUCUGCUGAAGAAGUGCUGUAAGAUCAUGACAGCAAGCGGUGAGGCCAAGUUUUUCAAACCCAAGGAUCGAGAUGAGCUGGUGAAGAAGGUGAUUGAACCAAUGGCAUCAGAGGGGCUGAGGACCAUCUGCCUGGCCUACAGAGAAUUCCCCGCAACUGAAGGAGAGCCUGACUGGGACAAUGAAGCAGAAAUUCUUGCUGGACUCAUAUGUAUUGCUGUGGUUGGCAUUGAGGACCCUGUAAGACCUGAGGUUCCAGAAGCCAUCAGAAAGUGCCAGCAUGCCGGGAUUACUGUCCGUAUGGUAACCGGAGACAAUAUCAAUACCGCCCGAGCCAUCGCUACCAAAUGUGGCAUCCUUCAUCCUGGAGACGACUUCUUGUGUUUGGAAGGAAAAGAGUUCAAUCGUCGGAUCCGUAACGAGCUGGGCGAGAUUGAACAGGAGCGUAUUGAUAAGAUUUGGCCCAAACUGAGAGUUCUGGCUCGAUCAUCCCCAACGGACAAACACACUUUGGUCAAAGGUAUCAUUGACAGCACAGUCCUGGAGCAGAGGCAGGUCGUCGCUGUAACAGGAGACGGAACAAAUGAUGGUCCUGCCCUCAAAAAAGCAGACGUUGGCUUUGCUAUGGGCAUCGCAGGGACGGAUGUAGCGAAGGAGGCGUCUGACAUCAUCCUGACAGAUGACAAUUUUACCAGCAUUGUCAAGGCCGUAAUGUGGGGCAGAAACGUCUACGACAGCAUCUCAAAGUUUCUACAGUUUCAGCUUACGGUCAACGUAGUUGCUGUCACCGUGGCCUUCACUGGAGCUUGCAUUAUUCAGGAUUCUCCUCUAAAAGCCGUGCAGAUGUUAUGGGUCAACCUCAUCAUGGACACCUUCGCCUCUCUGGCUCUGGCCACUGAGCCACCCACUGAGGCCCUGCUGCUCAGGAACCCAUACGGCCGCAAGAAGCCGCUCAUUUCCCGGACUAUGAUGAAGAACAUUCUGGGACAUGCAAUCUACCAGAUGACAGUGAUCUUCACUCUACUCUUCGUUGGUGAACGGCUAUUAGACAUCGACUCUGGCAGAAACGCUCCUCUCCACUCUCCGCCAUCAGAGCACUUCACUAUUGUGUUCAACACAUUUGUCCUCAUGCAGAUCUUCAACGAGCUCAAUGCACGUAAAAUUCAUGGAGAGCGUAAUGUCUUUGAAGGCGUUUUCAACAACCCCAUCUUCUGCUCCAUCAUCCUGGGAACGCUUGUUGUGCAGGUGUUGAUUGUGCAGUUAGGGGGUAAACCAUUCAGCUGUGCAUCCCUCACGAUUGAGCAGUGGCUGUGGUGUGUCGUCCUGGGAGUUGGCAGUCUUCUAUGGGGACAGCUGGUGUCCAGCAUUCCAACCAGCUGGCUCAAGUUCCUGAAAACUGCAGGUCACGGCACACAGCAGGAGGAGAUCCCGGAGGAGGAGCUGGAGGAGAUGAAGGAUCAAGAUGAGAUCGAUCAUGCCGAGAUGGAGCUCAGGAGGGGCCAGGUGCUCUGGUGCCGAGGCCUGAACCGCAUCCAAACACAGAUCCGUGUGGUGAAUGCCUUCAGAGACAGCGUGUCUCCAUACGAAGGUCUGGAGACACCCGAGUCUCGCAGCUCCAUUCACAACUUUAUGAAUCACCCUGAGUUUCGGAUUGACGACUCAGAAACUAAAAUUCCUCUGAUUGAUGAGAACGAGGAUGAGGAUGAGCCCCCCACUAAACGAAACUCUGUCAUCCCUCCACCUCUUACUGGACUCUCCAACUUGCCCUCUCUCCCAUCCUCACCCAACCAGAACAACAACGCCUUGGACCGCAUCAUACCAUUGCAUAGAGAUGACUCGAGGUCUGGUUUAAUCCCACCCAACUCAGCAGGGCUGCCGCCGUGUCCGGGAAGCCCCCUGCACAGUCUGGAGACGUCGCUCUGAAUCCCUCCCCCCCACACACCUCCACUUUGUGUUGUGAGGGUUCAAAAACCUGGUCUAAAGGGACUGAUUGGUUUUAGAGUCCAGGAGGCAGAAAAGUCUCCAGACCUGAUUUGUGGUGUUGUUCAGAGACUUCCUGUUUCUUUUUCAGUAGACACGAACUCUGCAGUUGUUGUUUAGGAAAAGUGUUUGUGAAGUGAGUUUGUUAUGUGGACAUAAUGUGAUGAUGUAGUCGGAGUUUCUUUAAAUACUCACGUUCUCAGCCUGUUAGCUGGCAAUUGGAGCUGCUAGUGCUGAGUUUACUGAAAUGUUUAGUUCAGCUUGAAUGACGGCAGGUUUCUAGAGACAGAGGGUGUUUCUCAAUGCCAAGGAACCUCGCCUUGAUGUCUUGGCCCCGCCCCGGUUGCCUAGGAGAUACGUCAUUGGGAGCCGCCAAGAUGUGUUCCAAUGUUCAUGUUCUACCGAGGCGUGUGUUCUCCGUUUGUUAGCCGUUUAGCUAGCUGAGCAAGGAUACACGGGAGGUGUCUUGUAGCCUAACCUUGGUCAAAAAUGACCCGCAAUACACCGCAGUAUUUUCAAAAAGACGGCGGAUCAGAAGCCGGCAGCUACUUCGGGGACAAUUUUCAAGUUUAAAAGUAAGUCAGCUAAUUUAAAAUGUAUUUUUUUGAUCCAAAGAAGUUAUCUAUUGUUGGUUAGUUGCUUAUUAGUUGCAGCUUCGGUGGCUAGUGGGUAGUAACUCACUUAUUUUUUAAUUUAAUAAAUGUAUACACAAUUAAAAAGUAAAAGGCUCGUUGUAUAUUUAUACUGAAACUAAUACGUAUAAAAUAUAAAGUUAUCUCGCGUGUCACGUGACGUUAGGUGACCACCGUGGAAACCGCGGUCACGUAAUGCAAGUCUGUUCCAUUUUACCGUUUUCUUUAACCAAGGAAGGACAGUGUCCUCAUAAGCAACGUGCCUGGCCUCGCAAGACAUCGCCUCACAAGGCCAGGCGCCUUGACAUUGAGAAACACCCCAUGUUUGUUAAGUCUUCUAUACAGUAUCUUAUAUUUUUUUAACUUUUAGGUUGUUGCUAUUUGAAAAGACGGAAAACAAAUUCUAAAAAGUGCUUCAUAAUCCACAUUUGCUGACAUAAUUAGAUAAAACAUCUUGUGACGGAUGAACUCAUUGGACACCAUUUUCAACAUGAAAAUAUUAAACAAGGUGAAAUCAGCUGAGUUGUAACUUGAAACCCCAGCAGCAGGCUAAGUGGAGUACCGUUUUCCAUAAGUACAACUUAAAUCCAGUCAUGGUAAAAGGUGAGAACAAAUUGCAUUGUUAGGAAGGUUUACAUGUGCUGUUUUACCAGCUGGUAGACAAAAACACAUGGCCUUGUACAGUUUGGAUCAUUAUUAAACACAAUUUUUACCAAAAUACAUGAUGGCAUAACAAAGUCCACCCUUGCUACUUCAUUGGGAUUAGGAGUGAAGAGAUGUCUGGAGCUGCAAUGUAAAUGUUUCUCUUAGCAGAAGUCAAUGGUUAGCACUCAUCUGGAGUAUACAGGUGUGUGUUAACGCCAAGGAGGAGAAACAGCUGAUGUUUCAGUCUGGGACAGGUUAGAAAGACUCUUCCAAACAAUCUGGAGACAAUCAUUCUACAGUGUGCAAAUAUGACAAAGCGCAAAAAAUAAAGUGUUUAAUGUUGUCAA